AUGCUCCCUCAGACACAUUUCCACAGGGUCUUGAACACGAACCAUUCUGCUUCAUCAUCUGAAACAUGCCAAAUACAUGGACUUCUCGUCCAACCAAUCGAAGAAUUAGCUCGACUCAAUGCAGAAAUCCAACAUCUCAAAUCCACUCUCAACUAUCUCAUAUCUCAGCGAGAGAAAUUACAAACCUUUGUGAGCAGUCACAAAGCCCUCAUAUCUCCUAUUCGCCGUCUCCCAGCCGAAGUCAUGUCCGAAAUAUUUGUUCAUUGUCUUCAAACAAAGGACAGAAAUCCGACACGAAGCCUUGCAGAGGCACCUCUUUUACUCACUCUCGUCUGUAGACGAUGGAGAGAAAUCGCACUAUCCACAGCUCAAUUAUGGAGCAGUUUACACAUAUAUCUCCCACCGACAGCUCAGAAGUAUGAAAUUAGAUUGACAGAGGUGAUAAAUCGCAGAGCAGAGGGUGUGAAGGCAUGGCUAUCGAGGUCUGGGUCCUUGCCACUGUCCAUCUCGUUGGUUGUCGGGCUCGACCGUGAUUCUAGUGGACGAGCGGUGCUCGUAUACAAGUCCGUAAUGGACGUCUUUUUCUCUUUUUCCCAUAAAUGGGGUACUCUCAUGUUGAGAGUCCCUUCAUGCCUCCUGGAGGUCAUAGAAGACUAUGCAAGACCUCACUGGCAGGACCUCACUCGGCUGCAAACCCUCAUCAUUGACUACGACAUGGCCAGUCGACAACUUCUCUUUUUGGAUCCAGCUGCACCUCAUCCUUCUCCAGAAGACACAAACGUUCCUCUGGCCGGAUUGAUUUGCAACGCUCCAGCCUUGCGACAUCUAACGUUACUCGAACCCAUCCAGAACGUGUACAAACUCGAUCUUGAUUGGACAAAACUUACUCAUUUCAAAGCGGAAACAGGGAUGAACGGUGUCCAGAAUCAUGAGGAUAUUUUACGUGUCCUGUCCAAGGGCGCAUUGAGCCUGCAGUCUGUCACCGUUGUUGCAGGUUUUCACCCAUCAGGACUACAUGCCGCUGAUAACUGUGCCGCUCUGGAAGACAUAAUACACCUCCCGUCCCUCCACACGCUCUCUUUAAACCUCCACUUUGAAGUUCCAUUACACGGAUUGAACCAUGACGACCUAACAGGAGCGGGACGCGUGUAUGGAAGUCAGGUUAAAGCUAUCUUCGACCACAUUUCCACUCCGAAACUCAAGCAUCUCACAGUGCGUUUCGGGAACGUAAUGAGUUUGGUUGCAGGUUCUAUACCGCCACAGGUUCCCUUCUUACAAUUCCUGCUUUGGUCAGGAUGUCAUCUCGAGUCCCUUGAAUUGGGGUUCGUCAUGACUAGGGAAGCCUUAAUUGAGUGCUUGGAGAACGUCCCGUCGUUGACGUCUCUCACACUCGAUGAAUGUCUCUGGACCGUGCUGCGAGAUCGCCAACGCUUGUCGUUAGUCGAACAUAACGCCCCCCCUACGAAUGCACUUGCCACGCCGGAGACCAUAGCUGAGCUUGCGAUUUUGACAGACGAGCUUCUUCAAAAGUUACUGCCUUCGUCAUCUACCGAAGACGACGAGGAACCUACGAACCCAAGCUCUGCAUUGUGUCCUGCCCUUCAACGCCUCGCACUACAUCGAUGUGAAGCCGUUUCGGAGAUGGCGUUGGUAAAAUUUGUCCAAAUACGAGCCCGCCCUCUUGACCCUGAUUCGGAAUCGAAUACAGAUCGAAGUUCGGUACGACUACCCCUUCGAUCGUUGAAUGUCACAUACCAUCGGGAAAAGAGAAAGGUGACCGAAGACGACAUUCGUGCGCGCAAGCAAAUGAAGGCGUUGAAAAGAAUGGCUCAUGUGAUGAUAUCGUACCCUCGACCGUCGCUACCUUCGGAUUUACCGGAUGCUGGCCAACAGAACCCGGGAUCACUUCGAGUCUGGCCUUUUAGGGGUCUCUUAUGGGAAUGA